UGUAUAUGGAAACGAUACAAAAUGACACAUUCUUAUUGUUGAAACAGACCUGCUUUUGUAUGGAUAUGUCAUGGUGAUCGUCCUACAAAUAGUACCGCCAAGCCAUCAUGCCUCGCGGCCCGCCAUGAGGUUGGAUGGUCAAAGCGGAUGGGCUUAGGGAAUCCGGGUGUCUCGUAAGUGCCGGUUAUCACCAUCAAAACUGACGUAUAACGCUUGCAAGGCAGUCCCAUACUCCGAAUCUCCAUAGGGUCUAAAGGCUAAUCGAUAAUCAUUUGAACUACAACCCAAUUGUCGUCGAGGAAACUCGCAAAAUGCAGUUGCAGAGCAUCAUCUACUCCAAGCCACCAGUCAUCGUUACUUUCUUGCUAUUAACGAGCCUCCCACUCGUCGAUUCCACAUGGGUGGUGCGAUCUCUCUGCGCGACUCACCUUGGGAGGCGCCUACUCCGAGGUUUCAACAGGACCCUCAUGGACAGACUCUAUCACGCACUCUCCUCUACUUGUCUUCGUGUCCGCCUCUUACUAUUUCCAUUCCCUGCACGUUCGCGGUGCGGAACAUUCCCCACGCUAGAAGCGGAAGCGAAAUACUGGUGCAUUGCUGCUCGUUACCGACGCCACCUUGCACAGUCUAGUGCUCGCCGGCCGCCGCAAGAGACGUCUGAGAUACCUCUCGUGACGUACUAUACACCACGUCUUCUACCUCAAUACCGCGACGUACAGCACCCCGACGAAGGAAGCAGUGGAUUUUCUAUACCAGCCAAAACGUUUUGCAAGUGGCAUAGGAUGGUGUUCCGGGGAUCGUAUCACCCGACGCUUGCCCAAGCAGUUGUGCGCAUGAAGUAUUACUCUCACAGAGACCUGAAAGAAAUGCAGCGGAUUGCGCGCUUUCUGUCAGACGAGCAAGUGUUACGCCGGCCUUGGUCGCCAAAAUAUAGCGAACUUUGGAAGCGAUGGUUGGAUACCAAAGGUCCGGACGUAGUCAUCGUGUUUGAGUGAUGUAAAACAGUUGUUGUAAUGCUGGCUGU